GUCUGGCGCUGAAGAAGGCAGCUAUCACUGAGGGACCAUCGCUACCAGGACAGCCUGGCCAAGGAAAGAAGAUAGGUCAUCGAGGCGUUGAUGCUUCUGGUGAAACCACCUACAAAAAGACCACCUCAUCCACUCUGAAGGGGGCCAUCCAGCUAGGGAUUGGAUAUACUGUCGGCAAUCUGAGCUCCAAGCCAGAGAGAGAUGUCCUGAUGCAGGACUUCUAUGUGGUGGAGAGCAUUUUUUUCCCAAGCGAAGGCAGUAAUCUCACCCCGGCUCACCAUUAUGCUGACUUCAGGUUCAAGACCUAUGCACCUGUAGCUUUUCGGUACUUCCGAGAACUCUUUGGGAUUCGUCCGGAUGAUUAUUUGUAUUCAUUAUGUAAUGAGCCUCUGAUAGAGCUGUCCAACCCUGGUGCCAGCGGCUCCCUCUUCUAUGUCACCAGCGACGAUGAAUUCAUCAUAAAAACUGUGAUGCACAAGGAAGCUGAAUUCCUACAGAAGCUCCUUCCUGGCUACUAUAUGAAUCUGAACCAGAACCCACGGACACUGCUGCCGAAGUUUUAUGGACUGUACUGUGUGCAAUCAGGGGGCAAAAACAUCCGCGUGGUCGUGAUGAACAACAUUCUGCCUCGUGUGGUGAAAAUGCACCUGAAAUUUGACCUGAAAGGCUCGACCUAUAAACGCCGGGCAUCCAAGAAGGAAAAAGAGAAGUCCAGCCCUACGUACAAGGAUCUAGACUUCAUACAAGACAUGCCCGAGGGCCUGAUGCUGGAUGCAGACACUUUCAGUGCUUUGGUGAAAACGUUGCAACGAGACUGUCUGGUUUUGGAAAGUUUUAAAAUCAUGGACUACAGCCUCCUGCUUGGGGUUCAUAACAUAGACCAGCAAGAACGGGAGCGACAGUCAGAGGGAGCCCACAGCACGUCGGAUGAGAAGCGUCCCGUAGGGCAGAAGGCACUUUACUCCACGGCCAUGGAGUCCAUCCAGGGUGGGGCUGCCCGGGGGGAGUCCAUAGACACAGAUGACACGAUGGGAGGAAUCCCAGCAGUGAACGGCAAAGGAGAGCGUCUCCUCCUGCAUGUAGGAAUAAUAGAUAUCCUUCAAUCCUACAGGUUCAUCAAGAAGCUGGAACAUACCUGGAAGGCCCUUGUCCAUGAUGGGGACACGGUGUCAGUACACAGACCCAGCUUUUAUGCAGAGAGAUUCUUCAAAUUCAUGACCAACACAGUGUUUCGAAAGAAUUCCUCUCUGAAGUCGUCCCCCUCAAAGAAAGGGCGCAGUGCCUUGCUAGCUGUCAAGACGGCUGGUCCCACGGCUGCUUUCUCAGCUAGCCAGCUUCCCUCUGAAAAGGACGAAACGCAGUAUGAUCUUCGUGCGGCCAGGAGUUACCCCACCCUUGACGAUGAAGGCAGGCCAGACCUGCUACCCUGCACACCUCCUUCCUUUGAAGAAGCUACCACGGCCUCCAUUGCCACGACGCUAUCUUCAACAUCUCUCUCUGUUCCCGAGCGAUCCCCUUCGGAGACCUCUGAGCAGCCCAGGUACAGGAGGCGCACACACUCCUCGGGGCAGGAUGGCAGGUCACACGAGGAGGUGCGGGUCGAGGAGGAGCUUCAGCAGAUCAGUGUCGAGCUGGAGCCCAAGUGUGAUGUUGAGAUCAUAGCUCCUGAAGAUGACAAAGAAGAGGUGGCUUCAGCCUGUGCCAUUGUCACAUCCACAGCUACGAUAGAGGUGGAGACCGCCAGCCAGGCCUCCGAACCAGCCAGCCAGGCCUCGGAUGAAGAUGACGUGCCAGUCACAGACAUCUACUUUCCGACAGACGAGAGGAGUUGGGUUUACUCCCCGCUUCACUAUAGCGCUCAACUCCACUCUGUCUCCGAUGAGGAGAGCGAUACAUAAUCUCUAUGCAGACACAGAAGCCCCAGAGAGCAGCGAUUCCCUCUGCAGGUUGAUGUGUUCCCUUUUCGUUGAUGCAGCCGUUCCAGUGGGAUGGGGAAGAGCUUGCUGACACCAGUACUGCUGCACUGCAGGAUCCCGGGCACUGCAUUUCAGAACGGAGCAAAACUAUAACCGUGUAUUUCUACUUAUCCCAGACGUGGGCAGCAAAGGAAGCCACCCACUCACCCGCAGCUCCCAACGGAGACAUCCAGCUGGGUGUAGAGAAUCCUGGGUAGUAACACAGUGUUUUCCAGACGUGCACUACCGUAGCUACCUAUCCAUGUGUGAUACUGUGAACCUUUUUAAUUUUUUAAUCAUGUAUUUAUUUCUUUUAUCUUUGCACAGAGACAGCACCAAUGUGCUUUUUUAAA